CACAAUCAAGGGUGGAGAUUCUCUCCUUGCGCUUUAGCUCUCUUCUUUAUCUUCCCAACACAUCUUCCCCACUCUCACUCUUCUUCUUCUUCUUCCUCUGUUCGCUCUCUCUGUAAAUCGAAGAAGAAAAAAAUGUUGCUGGGGAAGAGGACUCGGCCACCGAUGAAGAGAACAACAAGUAUGACAGAAUUCACUUUAGAUCUCAAUCUCAAUAAUCCUGACCCUAAUUCUUCUCUUAGUAAUUACAAUAAUCCAUUCGAUCCUCACAAUCCUUUUUCACCUGCAAACACCCAGCAGCAACACCUAGAUCAACAACGUUUAUUGACAGCAGCGAAAACCGUUUCCGUCAGAAACCGCCGUAAAUCUGCUGAUUUUCUAGAAACUGCUAAUUUUUUGAAAGCUUGCUUCCUCUGUAAACGCCGGUUAAUCCCUGGCCGGGAUAUCUACAUGUACAGAGGAGAUAGUGCUUUUUGCAGUCUAGAGUGUAGACAGCAGCAGAUGAAUCUAGAUGAGAAGAAGGACAAGUGUUCGUUGGUUGCAUCUAGAAAGGACUACAUGAAGAACUCCGUCGCUGCCGCCGUAGCCGGCGGGAAGGGAUCUGACGUUUCCGCCACAAGCGAGACUGUCGCCGCCGUUUAGGUAGUGGAAAUUUUUAGUAGACGCCAUGUAUGGAUCAUGAAUCAAACGUGAUGUGGUUAAUCAGUACGUUACCCACACACACACCAAAAAAAUGCAUAUCAAAGCUGCUAUAUAAUAUGUAUAUGUAUAUACAUGUUGUUAAGAGUAAGAUCUGCAUGAUGAAUGAUGAUGAUGAUGAUAUAAAUAUAUUUCUCUCUCUACAAAAAGAAAUUCUGGGCUGAGUUUUGCAAGGUUUCAGUUAAUAAUUUGUAUGCAGCCAUUUUAAUUACUUCUACUAGUACUAUGUAUUCAAUUGUUUUUAUUAGUAUAAAAUCUCAAAAAGAAAUUGCAGGUUUUUUUUGAAGAA